AAAAGGAAAAUGACCUUUAAAAAAUUAAAUUCACAUUAUUACAUAUGAAUACUACUUUCAGAGAAUUAUUUACUUUUGAUCAGAGAAAAAGAAGUGCUGAGUAGAGAGCAAAGCAGAAAAAGUAACAAAAAAAAAAAAAAAAAAAAAAACAAAUUGAAAGAGGAAAAAUGGAUUUCGCAGAACAAGAAGUUGAUUUGUUUGGGGACGAUGAAGAAUACGAAGAGGAUAAUCAAGAAAACAAUAAUAAUACUAAUAAUGGUGGCCGUAGAUCAUCACCAUCAUCAUCGUCGUCGUCAUCGUCUUCAUCAUCGUCAGGUUCAUCAUCUUCGUCAGCCGCAUCAUCUUCAUCAAAUAGUAGUGAUGAUGGUGGAGAUAGUAGCAGUGCCGAGGGUGAAGGUGGCAGCGCCAGCAGUGGUGGAGAAGAAGAGGAAGAAGAAGUAAAUAAUAAUAAGAAGAAUAAUAAUAGCAAUAAUUAUAAUGAAGUGGGUUAUAAUGAGUUUGACGACAGAGACCUUUUUGGUUCUGAUAAUGAAGAUUAUGUUAAAACUCCUGCCACCAGCCGUUUCUCUAUUCCUGUGUUGCCAGUCAUACGGAAUGUCCACAACCCAGGCAGAGGAAACUUUGGGCGUGGCCGUUGGCAAAAUGAUAGAGGAGCUGGCCUCCUUCCCCGACCUGGAUUUCCUCCACGACAGGGCUAUGGCUAUGGUUCAAAAUUUUCAAAUGGUCACCGUGAUGAACGAUUUGUUUCUGAACUGAAGUUCUUAAAAAGUGAAGAAACUUUGUCAAGAAAAGCAGUUGCAUUUCAGGCGCCAUGUGAACUUGGUUGCUAUAGUCGCGCAGAAGGUGGAGAAGUCUACUUUGAUGAUCGCACCUUGAGGCUUUUUAAGCGUUAUAUUUCAGAAGAUAUUGGAGCUGAUCUGAAUGAAGGCUUUGAUACGUUCACUGAGAAAAAAGAUUUGGGUUCUGAGGGUUUUGGAGACCUUCUUGGUUGCAUUAGAGACAAAAAUAUUCCACUCCAGAAUAUGCAUUUUGUGACUUUCCGUAAUAACCUCAAUAAGAUUUUGGUAACUGCUUAUAUUCGACAUGAGCCUUGGGAAAUGGGGGUGCAUAAGAGGAAUGGGGUUGUCUAUCUUGACGUACAUAAAUUACCUGAACGGCCAAAAAGUGAAUUGGAGCGUCGAAGAUGUUAUUGGGGAUACUGUUUUGAGAGCCUAGCCACUGAAGAUCCCAAACGAGCUGAUGGAGAAGGAAUACAUCAUGUUGAUGCCAAUGUUGAAUACUGUUCUGUGCUUAAAACCAAAUUAGGUGCUCAUCGCAUUCUCAUGGGUGCUGAAAUGGAUUGUUGUGAUUCAACUGAUGAUGGGAAGCGGUUUUAUGUGGAGUUAAAAACAAGUCGUGAGCUGGAUUAUCAUACUGAGGAAAGAUUUGAGAGAGAGAAAUUGCUCAAGUUCUGGAUUCAAUCAUUCUUGGCUGGGGUUCCUUAUAUUGUUAUUGGAUUUAGGGAUGAUGCAGGUCGACUUGUCCGCACAGAGAGACUUACAACUAAGGACAUAACAAACAGAGUAAAAGCAAAGAACUAUUGGCAGGGAGGUGUUUGCCUAGCCUUUGCUGAUGAGGUAUUAUGCUGGCUCUAUGGAACAGUCAAAGAAAAUGAAGACUACAUUUUGCAGUUUGCUCCACCUUUCACACGUUUAGAGCUGCUUCAAGCACAAUCUUGUCCAGAUGCAAUCACUAACCAUGUCAUGCAAUUGUAAAGCAUAUCGGGACAUCUUGUUUACCAGCGAUUCUAAAUUCGGGGAGGGUUAUGCUUCUUCCAAGAAAGUAUGGCGUCAGCCGAAUUGAACAUGAGCAGUGAAUCAACAGAAUAGGCUUCAUGCCAACUCAGAAGAGAAGAGGAUCGAACAUGAAGUGUUGAGCUCGCACUUAGAAACAAGUUCUUGAAGACAAUGUAACCAUGUCAUUGGCAUGACCACCUCAGUUGUGUAUUUGCUUAAUUAAAUCUUGUGCAUAUGGGGGCAAUUGAACUGAGCCAAUCCGAGUUGAGUUCUGGCUAGUUUGAGCUUACUUCUUUUAUUAUUAAACAUAAUGCAUUAAAUGUUUUAUGUCUCGUGAACCUAAACCAGUUUAAUGACUAUUAAAAAUUAAUUUAUUCAUCUA